AUGAAGCCUGAGGCUUUUUGCCGUUAUACAAAUGCCGGCCCGGUCGAGCAAUCGUUUGCGCAAGGUCGCUUGUGGUUCCUGAACCGAUUAUACCCCGACUCGACGUGGUAUCUCGUUCCACUUGCGUUGCGCAUGCAAGGACCACUUCAGCUCGCUGCCUUGAAUGCCGCGUUGCUUGCCUUGGAAGAGCGCCACGAGUCGCUCCGUACGACUUUCGAUCAAUUAGCUGGCGUGGAUGUACAGCUAGUGCAGCCACCAAAGGCACAACACCUUCACGCCACCACCAUACCCAUCAACGAUGAAACAAGCCUUUUCCAGGCCUUACAUCGAGAUUGGGCAACUCCCUUCAAUCUGGCAGACCAGCCAGGAUGGAGGGUCUCGAUCUACCAACUCGGCGAAGAAGAACACGUGCUCUCUAUCGUUAUGCAUCACAUCAUCUCGGAUGGCUGGUCGCUUGACAUCCUGCGGCGUGAAUUGGCAACGUUCUACUCCGCAGCAAUCCGAGGGCAGGAUCCUCUGUCGACAAUUGAUCCCCUGCCGAUCCAGUACCGGGAUUUUUCUGUUUGGCAAAAGCAACAGGAGCAGACGGAGGAGCAUCAGCGCCAGCUGGAGUAUUGGGUUAAGCAGCUACAGGGAAGCCGCCCGGCCGAACUUUUGUGUGAUAACCCGCGACCGACAAUACUAUCCGGAAAAGGAGACGUGCAGGAGAUAGCCAUACAAGGCAGUCUGUACCAAAGCCUGCAUCAUUUCUGUAAGGCCCACCAGGUGACCCCCUUUGUCACUCUCCUAGCGGCAUUUAGAGCAGCAUUCUACCGUAUGACGGGUGUCGAGGAUGCGACGAUUGGCACCCUCAUCGCGAAUCGAAACCGACAAGAGCUUGAAGGCCUUAUUGGCUUUUUUGUGAAUCUGCAGUGCAUCCGAUCCACAGUGCAAGGGGAUUCAUUUGGAAGCCUGGUGCAGCAGAUCCGGUCGACCGUUGCAGAUGCACAUGCCAAUCAGGAUGUCCCCUUUGAAAGGAUUGUUGCGGACCUGCAGUCGGAAGCCAGGGACGCCUCGCGAAACCCAGUGGUCCAGACGGUGUUCAGUGUACACUCUGAAGGAAAUUCUAACAACUUUACUUUAGAGGAUCUGGAAGUAGAGCGAAUGCCUUUCGUGCCGACAUCGCGGUUUGACCUUGAGUUCCACCUAUUUCAGGGAGAGGAUAAACUGGAUGGAAGCAUUCUCUUUGCGACAGAGCUCUAUGAGCCAGCAACAAUCAACUCGCUGGUCUCAACCUUCUAUGAGUUACUAGAGCGGGGCCUAAAGGAGCCUCAGACGCCGAUUGCCUCAUUGGCUCUUAGCAAUGGCCACUCGAUGCUUCACGAGAUGGGGCUCGUUGAAGUUGAACGGACAGACUAUCCGCGCGACUCGAGUGUCGUCGAUGUUUUCCGUAGCCAGGCCGUCAUUUCUUCUAGCAAGGUAGCCGUCAAGGACUCGACCACUGAGCUAACAUAUGCCCAGCUACACGAGAACUGGUUAAGACGGCGGAGACUCGCCCCCGAGAGCCUUGUCGGCGUGUUUGCGCCUCGGUCAUGCGAGACGGUUGUUGCCUUCCUUGGGAUCCUCAAGGCAAAUCUAGCCUACCUACCACUCGAUGUCAAGGUGCCAAAGGCCCGCAACGAGACGAUCUUAUCUUCUAUUACAGGCCGCAAGUUGGUCCUGACUGGAUGUGAUAUACCGACCGCAGCAAUUCAGUUUGAGGAUGUCGAUUUCGUUCCAAUUGCUGAGGCUUUGGGCCAGUUUACAGAGACUGUGGAACCGGCAAACGACGCGAUCGUUGCGACCGAUGGACCUUCUGCGACCAGCCUGGCGUAUGUGAUGUUCACGUCCGGGUCUACGGGUCGGCCGAAAGGAGUCAUGAUCGAGCACCGCGGCAUCGUACGGCUGGUCAAGCAUAGCAAUGUUGUGGCAGAUCAAGAUUUGACUGCUCCUGUGGCGCAUAUUUCCAAUAUUGCAUUUGACGCAUCCACUUGGGAGGUCUAUAGCUCUUUACUCAAUGGAGGAACCUUGGUAUGCAUAGAUACCAUGACGAUGCUGGACAUCGUCGCUUUGGAAAAAGUGUUUUGUCAAGAGAACAUUCGAGCUGCUCUAUUUACUCCAGCCUUUUUGAAGCAAUGCCUGGCUAGUACACCUGCUAUUUUCAGUCAACUGAAUUUCCUUUUUUCUGCUGGGGAUCGCCUAAGUAUGCAAGAUGCAAUCAAGGCAGCUCGGCUUGUGAGAGGCAGUCUUAUCAACGCAUAUGGCCCGACUGAGAAUACCAGCUUGAGUACCAUCUACCGCAUACCUCGAAACGGCAGCUCCCCCAAUGGCAUCCCGAUCGGUCGGGCAGUCAGUAACUCGGGAGCAUAUGUCAUGGAUCCGCAUCAACGCCUCGUCCCGUUGGGGGUUAUAGGAGAGUUGGUCGUUACAGGAGAUGGCGUGGCACGGGGAUACACCGACCCAGAGAGAAACCGCAACCGCUUCAUCCAAGUAACCAUCAAUGGGCAGUCGAUGAAGGCCUACCGGACCGGUGACUAUGCGCGAUAUCGCCCAGUAGAUGGCCAGCUCGAGUUCUUUGGCCGCAUGGAUUUCCAGGUCAAGAUUCGAGGCCAUCGUGUCGAACUGCCUGAAGUGGAACAUGCGCUGCUUGCGGAUGAGUCCGUAAGCGAUGCGGUGGUACUGGUCCGGGAGUCAGAGGGUGAGGACCCGGAGCUUGUCAGCUUCGUCACGAUCUUCGGGAACCAGAGUGCUAGUGAGACAGGCCAGCUAGGAAGCGACGGGGAUGAAAGUCAAGCCCACAGAAACGGGCACGCAGAGCUAUAUGACACUGACCCGCCCUUGGAUACUAGACACUCGCUAGUGGCGGGCAAGCUUCGCCAACAAUUGCAGUCCAAGCUGCCGUCCUACAUGGUCCCGUCGGUCAUCCGCAUUCUUGACAAGAUGCCAAUCAACGCCAAUGGAAAGGUUGAUCGCCAAGUCCUUACAGAGAACUCCCAUAUGCUUGCGCAUGGUAGAAAAACGUCUACCCUCCAUGUUCCUCCGCGAAAUGAUGUGGAGCGGAUCAUUUGCGAAGAGUUUGGAAGCAUGCUUGGGACUGACGUGGGGAUUACAGAUAGCUUCUUCGAUCUAGGCGGCCAUUCUUUGUUGGCCGCAGGGCUUGUAUUUCGACUCAACAAGCGGUUAACCCACAAGAUCUGGGUCUAUGAUUUGAUGCAGUCGCCUACGCCAGCUAGUCUCAGCGAGAUAAUCGCGACAAGAAGUAACUCCGCUCAAAACGCUCCUGCACAUCUGGAAACACACUCCCGACCGAACAGCCGAUUGACUUUGGUGUUGGUUCACGGCCUCUGGGGUCAGGGCAGCAUUUUCUUACCUUUGGUCGAGACAUUGGACAAAGCUCUUGACGUCCUCCUUCUUCACGAUCCAUUCUUCGGAAAACCCGACUGCCCCAACUCUGUGAUUGAAUGGGCAGAGUUCUAUCUACAAGAUGUGCUCAAACAGAUUCCCGAGGGCCACGCAGUGAUUUUCGGUGGUUAUUCAUUUGGUGGUCUGAUAGCAUUUGAGAUGGCUUCCCUGUGGCGGCGCCGAUAUGGGAUCAACCCUGCCUCUCUGAUCCUUUUAGACGCCGCCAUUUACACUCCCGUGAAGAUCUCGGCUUUUGAUAAAGAAAACGAGAAUGAAGUGGCGUACGCCAUGCAACUAUUUGGACAAAACGAAGAAGACUUCGUUCUCAAUCAUUUCAACAAGGUGGCGCCGCUGAUGUAUAGCUCUAUUCAAUCACCCAAACACCACGGCGCAUGUCUCUAUCUCAUCACACCUGAAGCCGCUGUGGCUGGUGCGGCAAACUGGUGGGCUGCCCGCUGUCCUAAGCUUCACACACAUUCUCUCCCUUGUUCCCAUCAAGCUGUUUUGGGGGAUGCCAUGGUAGGACGGGUAAGCGCGCUCAUUAAUGAGCACUGCCGCUGGGUUGUUGAAAGUCUUGAUUCUUAUGCUUCUUGA